UUCCCCCGGAGACAUUUGACUGACACACCGGAUGUUGUUCAAACAUGGCAGCGACCUUGCGGAAUGUGUGAGAGACCAAAUUAAAAUUAAAUAUUAAUAUUUUCAUAAUUACAUUCUAGAACUAGUCAUGUUAUCAAUAUUAAAAAACGUAUUUUUGGGGAUUUCCCGGACAUCAAACCAGCCAGAUGUUCUGCAGAGAAACUUGCAGGUUUUGUCAGCAGGAUUGAGGACUUAUGAAGUGCCACCAGACUUCAGUGAUGUGGUUUUACCAGACAGACCUAAACUCAAAUUCCUCAAUAAGGUUCCGAACUUUAAAAAAGCAAAGAAGGAGAUGAAGAGAUUACGUGACAUUCAGGGACCAGCCAAAGCAGCAAAUACAUUCAUCAAGGGACAGUACGGUAUUGUGGGUCUGAGUGGUGGUUACCUGCACUGGGGUCACAUGGAGAUGAUGCGACUCACCAUUAACCGCCGCAUGGACCCACGCACCACGUUUGCUCGCUGGCGCAUUAAUGCCCCGUACAAGCCGAUCACUCGUAAAGGACUGGGUCAGCGGAUGGGUGGCGGUAAAGGUGCCAUCGACCACUAUGUGACUCCAGUGAAAUGUGGCCGUUUGAUCUUAGAGGUCGGAGGUCGCGUUGAGCUGGGUGAGGUCGAGGCCGUGCUGUCUGAGGUUGCCAAGAAGCUUCCCUUUCCUGCCAAGGUCGUAAGCCGAGAGAGUCUGGCAGCGUUGCAGCAGGAACAAGUCGAGAGAGAAUCCAACAAUCAAAACCCCUGGACCUUUCAGAGAAUCGCCCAGUCCAACAUGCUCGGCAUUCGCAAAGUCCUGAGUCCCUUUGACCUGCACAAUCAUGGACGAUACGCAGGGAAAUUUUUCAACUCUGAUAGAGUGUAGAUUUCUUUAAGAGAUAACAUCACAGAACUUCAUCUAGUAUCUAGAGCAAAGCAUCUAUGAGACGGAUGUGACGUUACUAAUAUUCAGAAUGUGUUUAUGAAUGUAAGAUUGAUAUCACUUGCUUUUGUGGUCAUAAAAUGCUCUGGUAAGGAGUUUGCAGGCUUGACAAAAGGUGUUAAACAGGAAAUAUCAUAUUACCUCAAGAGAAGAAUAAAUGCUCUAAUAUUUGAACAGCAGAGCAGAAAUAAAAGAAGUGAGACAUG